AUGAAGGUCGUUUCGGCAACUUGGCGGUCAUGGAGUCGAACCCUGCGAAGUCCAUCGACUUAUAGCCUCGGCGAGGGCCAAUUCCUCCUCCCGCGGACUCGACUCGCGAGGCCACACCAGGGUUGGAGAAGGGAUAAUUCCUCAUGGAGCGGCGCCCGACAAAAGACCGACGGCCCGAGAUGGAAUCGCAGGCGCAUUCUCCUCGCUUCGGGAGGCGCGGCGACCGGCGCAACGGUUCUUGCGUUUACGGACGACAUCAAGGCGAGCUAUGAAACUCUGGAGAGAUCUGGGAGAGUUGCCGUUGCUCUGACGGUAUGCAUUAAUGAUUACCGGACAACGUUGAACCAGAGAGAGAAGAUAGAAGACGAAGAAGAACAGCGGAGGUUACUGAAAGCAUGCCAUAAACGGUGCGCAGAGCGCACUCUCAGGGUCCUCGAGAAGAAUGGGGGCAUCUUUAUCAAACUUGGGCAACACUUGAGUGCAAUGAACUACCUCCUCCCGUCCGAAUGGACCACGACAUUCAUCCCCCUCCAAGACAAGUGCCCCGUCUCCUCCUUCGAAUCGAUCCAGCAGAUGUUCAAAAAUGAUACCGGACGGUCUAUCGAAGACUACUUUUCCAGCUUCCAGGAGAAGCCCCUCGGCGCCGCCUCCCUGGCGCAAGUCCACCUCGCCGUAAUAAAAGAGACGGGCCAACAAGUCGCCGUCAAGGUGCAACACCCGAGCCUAGCGCAGUGGGCACCGCUCGACCUGUCCCUGACUCGGUACACGUUCGCCAUGCUCAAGAAGUUCUUCCCCGAAUACGACCUCGAGUGGCUCUCGCGCGAGAUGGACGACUCCCUUCCCAGGGAAUUAGAUUUCCGCGAGGAGGCUAACAACGCUAGACGCACUCGAGACCAUUUCGCCAAGAUCCCCGGCCUCCCCCUCGUGAUACCCGACGUCCUCUGGGCCGAAGAGCGAAUCCUCGUCAUGGCCAACGAAUCCGGCCACCGCCUCGACGACCUAGACUACCUAGAUUCCAACGGCAUAGACCGCGACGAGGUCUCCGCCGCGCUGUCCCACAUCUUCAACGAGAUGAUCUUCGGUGAAGGCGCCCCUCUCCACUGCGACCCGCACGGCGGCAACCUCGCCAUCCGGAAGAACCCGAAACGCCGAGGCCACUACAACUUCGACGUCAUCCUCUACGACCACGGCCUCUACCGCGAUAUCCCCCUGCCACUGCGCCGGUCUUACGCCAAGAUGUGGCUCGCCGUCCUCGAGGGCGAUAUGGCCGCCAUGCGCAAGUACAGCGGAGAAGUCGCAGGCAUCGGGGACGAGGAAUUCCCGCUCUUCGCCUCCGCCAUCACGGGUCGCGAUUACAGCGUCGUUAGCUCCUCCAUCCUCAAGGAUCGCACCAAGGACGAGAAGAAAAACAUAACCGCAGCCCUGCAGGAGGGCCUGCUCACCGACCUCGUCCAGCUCCUAGGGCGUGUGCCCCGCAUCAUACUUCUCAUCCUCAAGACGAACGACCUCACGAGGAGCCUCGACGAGAAUCUCCAUACGCGACAGGGUCCCGUGCGCUCUUUUCUCAUCCUUGCUAGGUAUUGCUCCAGGACCGUCUUCUACGAAAAGGUUGACGAGAUUUUGGGCCGUGGGUCCUGGUUGUGGCCCGGGAAUGCUCUGAGGUUGUUUGCAGCUUGGUUGGGCUUCGUGAGGGUCGAGGUGAAGCUUGGGGUGUUUGAGACGUGGUUACACUUGAAGCGUUUAGUUGGUCUGAACGGUGCCAUGCCUGCCGUGGCUUUUGGAAUGUAG